AGAGAUAGAUUGAGAGAGAGAGAGAGAGAGAGAGAGAGAGAUGGAUUACAUAUUCAAGAUGGUGGUGAUAGGAGACUCAGGUGUAGGGAAAUCCCAACUGCUAGAAAGAUUCUCGAAGAACGAGUUCAACAUCGAAUGCAGGGCCACUGUAGGUGUUGAGUUCCAAACAAAGUCAAUCUUCAUUGAAGAAAAGCUAAUAAAGGCCCAGAUAUGGGACACUGCUGGCCAGGAACGCUACCGUGCUAUCACCAGCACUUACUACCGUGGGGCCCUCGGAGCCCUCAUAGUCUACGACAUCACCAACUUCCCUUCUUUCCAACAAGUCCCACGAUGGCUCAACGAUCUCCGAGCCUACGCCCAUCCCAAUGCCGCUAUCAUGCUCGUCGGAAAUAAGUCCGACCUCGACAGUAUGCGGUCCGUGCCUACCGAGGAUGGGAGGAAGUACGCUGAGAAGGAGGGGCUGCUCUUCCUGGAGACGUCAGCAUUGGACUCCACCAAUGUGGAAAAGGCUUUUACCAUGGUAUUAGAGCAGAUUUACCGAGCGGCGAGACGGAAGUCGCUUAGUGGCGACGCACAGCCGACACUAGUUCUUGGUUCGUUGAUGCUUAAAGGGACUAAGUUGGAUGUGACGGAGAAUCAGCCACGGCCGUCCUGUUGCUCGGCGUAGGUAGCAAU